AUGCUCACCACCGCGCCGCACCUUCACGUCCGCCGACCGUCCCCUACAACCGCCGAGUUCACCGUCACCACCUGCCCGCCGCCGACCCUGUCGCGGCGCAUUCUGUUGGGCCUGGUCUUCAUCGUCCGCGUCCUCCUCGGCCUCUCCGUCCUGCUGGUCCUGUACUCAACAUGGACACUCUCGCCUUACUACCACCAAAACCACAACCCGGACCACCCCACGAGCAUCGCGACCGCCACCCCCACGGCGACAAGCACGACGCCCCUCCUCCAUGACCACCGCCACAACGAUAUCACAAUCACAACAACAGCCGCGACAGCCCCUUCCGCAGCCGACCCGUGGGACAACAGCCCCGCGAGCCCGGCCCCAACCACGCUCUACACGACCGAGUGGCUGCCGUACCUGGCGCGGGCGGCGCACCUCUCAGCCGCGGGGCGGGCGGCGCACCGCGUGGCAGAGGGGCUGCCCUCCUACGCGGCGGUGGCGCUGUGCGCGGCGGUGGCCUACGCGACGACGCUGCGGGUGCACACCACCGAGUCGCUGCUGGUGUUGCGGGGGCUCGGGGUGCAGACGAGCUCGGUGGGCGGCAGCUACCUGGCCGGGUGGCGGGCGGGCACGCGCUUCAUCCCCACCGAGAAGAUCCGCGACGUGCUCAUCAACGAGGCGUUCCGGGGCCUCGCCGUGCGCUACUACCUAGUCGUCGUUGUCGAGGGCGAGGAGGACGUCGUCGUCGUCUUCCCGCGCCUGCUCCCCGGCCGCAGGGUCGUCGAGGCCGUCUGGAGGGGCGUCCGGGGCUGCCUGUGGGAGCCCGACGGGGCCGUGCCCGUGAGCAGGAGGUGGGACGAGAAAGGGCAGUAUGGGAGGGCGGCGGAUUGA